UUUUUUUUUCAGGGCAACGCAUUGCAUUGCAUUUCAAUGCGUUUAUCCCAAAUUUGUCGCGAGUAGACAUUCAAUCCAUUUGGACCGGAAGGGAAGUUUCAUUCGCCGCGGCGCGAACGCUCCCACAUCGAAUGGGUUGGACGUUCAGGCUGCCUCAUUAAAAUUCGACAAACGAGCAUCGUGGCAGAUCGUUUUAUUGUGAAAGGAUAGCCGUCGUUUCUGUUUCUCAUUACAGUCUCCUUGAGAGGGAGGCGUUAGCUUUAGCAUUAUCGUAAGGACUUCUAAUAGCUAAUGAUGAAAUUAAGCCUCUCUGUUUGGACUUGAAACGAGCAUACGGUUACGUUUAACUCCAUUUUUUUUUUCAACGAAUAUGAAACUAAGGUGAGCGUCAAAGUGUUUCACGUUGGGCGGCGAAAUGAGGGGACUUUUCGUUGCGAAUACGAAACAACUACUCAGGUCGAUUGACUCGGUCGGUCCCAUACCUGCAGCGCGAUGGCGAGCGACCACGGGCGGACGUCUGAGCUCGUCGUCGUCGUCGUCUGGGGAGGAGAACGCCAUGUUGCGUCACCUGAUCAGCAAAAUCAAAGCCACGGGGCCCAUUUCUGUGGCCGAGUACAUGAGGGAGGCGCUCACCAACCCCGCCAUGGGCUACUACGUCAAGAAGAACAUGCUGGGAGCCGACGGAGACUUUGUCACGUCGCCCGAGAUCAGUCAGAUCUUUGGAGAGCUGCUGGGCGUGUGGGCGGUCAGCGAGUGGAUGGCGGCGGGUCGGCCCGAUCGGCUCCAGCUGGUGGAGCUGGGACCCGGAAGAGGAUCUCUGGCCGCCGACGUCCUCCGGGUUUUCGGUCAGCUCCGAUCCGUGCUGAGCGCGGCUUCCGCGUCGCUGCACUUGGUGGAGGUCAGUCCGGUUCUGAGUCGGCUGCAGGCGCGAACGCUGAUCGGGACGGAAGGCGCCGAGGCGGAGGAGCCCGUUUACAAGAGCGGCCGGACGUCGGCCGGCACGCCCGUAUCUUGGUACCGCCGCUUGGACGACGUCCCGCCCGGUUUUAGCAUCUUUCUGGCUCACGAGUUCUUCGACGCGCUGCCCGUUCACAAGUUCCAGCGGACGGAGCGAGGUUGGCGCGAGGUGAUGGUGGACGCGGACCCCGACGCGCCGGGCCGGCUGAGGUUGGCGGUGGCGCCGGCGCCCACCUUGGCGUCCGUCACUCUGGUGCAGGUCAGAUACAAACCCGACGAAACUCGCGACCACGUGGAAGUUUGCGCCGAGGGCGGAGUCGUGGUCCGGCAGCUGGCCCGACGCGUCUCCGGACACGGCGGGGCGGCGUUGAUCGCCGACUACGGCCACGACGGCACGAAGACGGAUACCUUUCGGGGGUUCAAAGGUCACCGCCUUCACGACCCGUUGGAGGCUCCCGGCUGCGCCGACCUCACCGCCGACGUGGAUUUUAGUUACGUUCGGCGCGUGGCCGAACCGCUGGCGGCCUGCGUGGGACCGCUCGCUCAGAGGGUGUUUUUGAGGAACAUGGGCAUCGACGUGCGCAUGCAGGUCCUGCUGAGAAACUGCGACCGAUCCGCCCGGGAGCAGCUGACCGCCAGCUACCGGGUGUUGAUGGACGGCGCGGAGAUGGGCGAGCGCUUCCUGUUUAUGGCGUUGCUGCACCCCAGCCGCCUGGAAGAGCCCGAAAUGGCCGCCGGCCUCAAGCUACAAAAAAAGAAGCCGGCGCAGCUCCCCGUGGCGGGCUUUGCCCAACUCCACUUCUGAACGAACCCGCGUGUUGGACUUGGUUUUGGAGCACAGAAAAGAUGGGCCAUUUCUUUGGAUUUUGCCACCAUGUGAAACACGGAAUGUUGUCAAGGAACCUAACGGGAGCUUCAUCAUCUGGACGUUUUGUAUAUGUAAACUUCAUCUUGGAGAAAUUCUCAUUUUUGUGAAAUAACUCCGGUCAUCCCGACUGACUGAAACAGCCUUGACUUGUGUGUUUGUGCACAGUGUACCAAAUGAAAUUUCAAAUUAGACCUCGCCUCCUUUGCUUUUUCUGAAAGCGGCCCUUGAAGAACACACCCCUGGAGGCUUACUACUGUUUAUAUUGUGUAAAAUACAUAGAAAAAGUCCAACGUUCUCGCGUGCGGGUAAACCAUCGAUCAAUGCUUUUUGUUUUCAUCCCUCGACAGCGGUUCAAUUUUGAAUCCGCCGACGUUCCCGGUUCAAAUGGACCGCACGUCAACGGAGUUCCUCAAUCUUUGUCAUCAGUGGCUGAGCAGCCGGAGGCGAGCCAGCCAGCCUCCCAGCAGCGAUGCGGAGCGUUUGCCAGGGGCGGCUGUCGUCUUCUCCGGCGAAACUUCCCGCUGGCGCACGUCAAGCUGGCGGCGGCUGCCUCGGAUGCGGUCGACGCCGCGGACCGACGGGCUGCGCCGGUACGCCGGCGGGAAGCGCGGGUCCUCGCCGAUGCCGUCGUUACUCAGGUAGCGCUGGAGUGGACGGGGGCCUGCGACGCCAACGGUUCAGACUUAAAACUUCUCGUUUAGCCGAGCGUUCACUUCUACAGUUGACCACUAGACGGCGGCAGAGGAAAUGUACUUAGGGGUAAAGUCCAUAUUUUUUUAUGGACACCUAUUUUUUUGCUGAAGAAUUUAUGAAUAGUAUUGAUAUACAUAUUGUCAUAUAAUCAAUGUUUGCCAACUCACAAAUUUUUCAUUUGUAUUUUAAUUUCAUUAUAUU